AUGAAGAUGAAGUCAUCGUCUUCUUCGCUCUCACUCAGCUCAAAGACUCAUCCUUUCGGCUGUUUCUCUCUGAUUCUUCAAAGAUUUCUCUGUUCCGGCACUUCUUCUACAUACCCAUCUGAUCAAAUCACUGAACCGGGUUUCAAGUCUCCUGAUUUCGGCUCCGAACCACUCAGAGCCAGAGGAGCUGUGGCGAGGCUCAUGGGCUUGGACUCAAUUCCGGUAGAUGACAAAACCAGAGUCGUCUCAAGGAGCCGUUCGGUGAAUUCUGUUGAUUAUUUGGAGAGGGACAACGAUGAGAUUCAGGGAAAGCAUAGAAGAGUUAAGUCCACUUUGGAUUCGCACAAGCUUCAGGAGUAUGUUGAGCUUGAAGAUGAUAAUUUCUUCAUUCUCAGCUUCGAGAAGGAUAGAAAUGAGGAGGGUUUUGGAGAAUUGAAGCAGCUGGGGACAAGAAAAUGUAAGAAGAGACGAGGAACAAAAGAGAAUCAAAGCGAAACAGAGAAUCAAACACGUAUAGAGGGUAAAGAGAACAACAUCAACGCCAUGAACGUUUCACCAGGAAGCGAGAUGCUUGAGAUGGGAGAAUUGAAGCAGCGUAGAAAGGAGAAUCGUAAGAACAGAAGAAAAAGAAGAGAACUUAAGUUGAGACAGAACAUCACUGAGAACGUCGAGAAGAAGAAUUGGAUCAAGAGCUAUGGCCCUUGGUCCAGAGAUGGAGAUUUAGUCAAUUGUGAAGUGAGAUCAAUGAAGGAGGAAGAAGAGUGUGGAAGCUGCAAUGAUUCGAGCCCUGUUUCGGUUCUUGAUUAUGAUCGGUUCGCUGGUCGAGUAACUCCAGAACAAGAGAACACUUCAAGAAGACGUUUAUCUUCGGAGCUCGAAUCUAGUAAAAGUAAUGAAACAAUUCAAGAAGAUCACAUCGCACUGACCAACAUAUCAAGAGAGUCAGAAAUCCGACUUCAUGGCUACCAAGAGAUGUGGCUCAUGAUUUGCAGACUCACUGUAUCUGAGCUUGAAGGGUCGAAUUGGGUUUACAGAAAAGGUUCAAAGCUCGAAGAUUUAGAAGGAAUCAUAAGCGAAGAUAUAGUCUCAAAUAUCUUAGAUCAACUCCUAGAAGAAACAGUUACAACACUUUCCCUAACUUCAGAAAUGUAA